UCAUCGGCGAGCGAGGAUAAAGAGAGGAGUAGGCAAUGGGGGAGGCGGCAACCGAGAACGGGGUGAGGAAGGCGACAUCCCCGGAGGAGGAGCACCCGCGCAAGGCGUUCGGGUGGGCGGCGAGGGACGCUUCCGGACUCUUCUCUCCCUUCGCGUUCUCCCGGAGGAAUAACGGGGAUGAGGAUGUUACGAUCAAGAUAUUGUAUUGUGGGAUGUGCCACUCCGACCUUCACGUUGCCAGGAACGAAUGGGCACGUACGGCCUAUCCGGUCGUCCCGGGGCAUGAGAUCGUUGGGAUGGUAACCCAAGUCGGAGGGAGCGUGCAGAAAUUCAAGGUAGGAGACAGGGUGGGGGUUGGGUGCAUGGUUAACUCUUGCCGCUCUGGCUCUUGUCAUGGCUGCCAGCAGGGUCUCGAGAACCACUGUCCUGGACUCGUAUUCACCUACAAUUCCGUCAACGUGGACGGCACGAUGACAUACGGAGGCUACUCCGACAUGAUCGUGGUGGAUCAACACUUCGUGAUCCGGUUCCCGGAGAACAUGCCCUCGGACAGUGGCGCCCCACUGCUGUGUGCGGGUAUCACCGUGUACGCCCCCAUGAAGUACCACGGUCUGGACCAGCCCGGAAAGCAUCUCGGAGUGGUCGGCCUUGGUGGUCUGGGCCACGUGGCUGUUAGGUUCGGCAAGGCCUUGGGGAUGAAAGUUACCGUGAUAAGCUCUUCCCCCGGCAAGGAGAAGGAAGCCACGGAGCGUCUGGGAGCCGAUGAUUUCUUGGUGAGCAGCGACCCUGGACGAAUGCAGGCUGCCAUGGGAACCAUGGAUGGUAUCAUCGACACGGUUUCGGCGGUGCACGAUGUUACGCCAUUGAUGUUUCUGUUGAAGACUCGCGGGAAGAUGAUCAUGGCGGGAGCACCCGAGAAGCCGUUGCAGUUGGACGCAUUUUCUCUCAUCAUUGGUGAGAAAAGCAUAGCCGGUACCUGCAUCGGAGGAGUUAAGGAGACGCAGGAGAUGAUAGACUUCGCUGCAGAGCACAACAUAACCGCGGACAUCGAACUCGUCAGCAUGGACCGCGUGAACGAGGCCAUGGAACGACUUAGCAAGGGCGACGUCAGGUACCGAUUCGUCAUCGACAUUGGCAACACCUUAACUGCCGCCUAAGGAGUGUGUGUUCUUUCUUAUCAUUAGCAAAACGUCAGGCUCCUCGCAACUUUUGUUCUUGCUGCAGCUAUAGUACCAACCAACCUACCUUAAAUAAAGUAACUGUGGUUGGUGUUUUCAUCUCUCUUUUUUUUUUUUAACCAUAAAUAAAAAAAGUAUGGAAGAAACCUUUUCUUUCGACA